AUGCCGCCUAGUAACACGACUUUGCCAAACCCUAUGACGAACCUGGCAUACUUGGCACCAUCCGUGGCCGUCGAGAUAGAGGUUAUUCGAUGUGUUUUACUCAUCUCAACUGGGGCGACAAUAUGGGACGUGCUAUCGAGCUUUACCGAAGAAGUACAGCUUCUCUUUGGAGGGAAGUUGCGACUACCUAUGGUCGUUUACUGGAUCUCAAGGCUUUCCUCUGUGGCAUUCGUUUUCGUCAGCACGGUGUACAAAGUUACGCCCGUAGGCCACUGCAACGAAUUCGAGAAGACAGUUGCUGGCCUGAUGACCAUCGCCGUUUCAACCACAUCGCUCUUAUUCUUCUUUCGAAUACGGGCUGUAUUCCAUGACAGCAAGAUCGUUGUGGGCUUCUAUUUCAUCCUCUGGCUUAGUGUGGUCGGAGGAACAUUUCCUCUCCCCUUUGGCGCGACUGGCGGAUCGAUUGGCCCAACGUCGUAUUGCUUGGACACGGGUCUGAAACCAUACGCUUCUGCCUCGGUUAUAAUCCCCCUCAUCCACGACACGCUGGUGUUUCUGGCAAUGUCCUACAGACUGCUCUGCAACACUCGCAGAGAGGUAACACUCCGCGGCCGUCUGGGAUCCUUAUGGUCCCGGGACCAUCUUCCCAGAUUCUCGGCGACGCUUUUGAAGGGUUCCCAGCAUUACUACCUAGUCGCCGUCUGCAGCAAUCUCACCCUGCUCAUCAUGUUGUACAGCAAACCUCUUCCCGUUGUCAUGCGUACCGUGUGGUCGAUCCCGAAUGUCUUCCUGACCAACAGCAUGGCCUGUCGUAUUUUCCGUAACGCUAGGGCAGCC